ACUCUAUCUUGGACUAUGUGAGCUCAUUGUUUGAAAGACGAUGAGUAAAACCAGCAUCAGAGGAAGGCCCCUUCCUGCCUUGCCGACUUCAUCUUCACGUCAAGAUGUCGAUUCAGAUGGAAAAAUCGAGGUCGAAGAUGACUUUGAAACUGGUACCCAAGGGAGUGAACACGCCGAUGUCGGGACGUACAACCAACUCCCCGUGACUGCAGGCUUCGCCAGCAACGAGAGAUAUGGGUCCGGUACUUUACAACUAGAGGACAUCCAAGGAUGUACCUAUUGCACCGAUGAGUGCCGUGACGAUCCCGACACCAACUUGUAUCAGUUCACUGAUGACAAUAGAAUGGACAACCCACGGCAGGCUAGUCCCCAAAGGCGACAGCGGGAUCGACAGCCAUCAGCAGAAGAUACGGACAGGAUGGGUUGCAACGCUGCCGACUUGUUCGAGAACCCGAUGUACGCGCCGGAUGUGUUACCACAAGACGAUAGAGCAGAAGACACAGACAAGGUGAACUGUAAGCCUGCAGGCUCGUUCGAGAACCCGAUGUACGCGGCGGGUGCGUUACGACAAGACGACGGAGGCGAAGAAACCAACACCAGUGAGAUCCAUGACGAUCCCGGCAACGACGUGUACCACUGCAUGGACGACGAUGAAAUCAGCAACCCACAACAGGCUGCUCACCAAAGUCCACACGAGGGGCAGCAAGCAGCAGAAGGUACUAACGAUGCCUCAGACAGCUGUGAGUUCCCCAGAACCUUCUACGGGACAUCUAUUCGUCCCAAUCUGCUCAUCCUUGCCACCAUCGUCAUCAUGGUAGCAGCCGCCAUUGGUGUAGGAGCUGGACUCGUCGCAUUCCUCACGACCAUAGAUGGGGCUCAUCCUCUCUCACCCAACAGUUCUCUGGAGCGGAGUGGUACGUCAAGCCGAUCAGUGCCACCAUUCCCCGCCACCCCUGCCGGUUCCACACUGGAAAACAACAGUGUAACUCUCUCGCCCAUAAUGAUUCUGACGGAAGAGCCAACCACUGCAACAGAUUUGCUCCCAUGGAAGACUGAUGGUGUCACGGCGCCAAAUGUGUCCUCUACCGACCUGUAUCUGGAAACAACGAGCCUGUUUCUGCAAACUGGAACAGCAAAGGCAGUCACGCCGACAACUACAACUAAGCUCCAUUUGACUGUGAAGGAAGAUCCAACCGAUUCAACUGUCAUGCCUACAUUGACGACAGCUGACGUUGAGACGAGUGUGUCUCCGACCGAUUCCCAUCUGGAAACGAGUACGUUUCCGCAAGCUGGAACAGCAAAGACGGUCACUCCGGCAUCUACAGCCAAGGUUUUGACACGUGAUGUCGAACGGACAAGAUUUGACCAGCUUCAGAAGACAACAAAGCAACAUCCCUCAACGACUCACGAAGGAGAGUGCUACCAAAGUCUGGGUUGCUGGGAGGAUCGUCACGACCGCGCCAUUCCAACACUCGAGGGGACAGAUCCACGCCUGGAUGACAGCUAUGGAGCACGGAGUAACCCUGUCGAGAAGUGUUACCAGGUAGCACAUUCUCUAGGGUUUACCGUGUUUGCUGUACAGGAUGGCGGACAGUGUUUCGGGUCUGCUGAUGGCCACAACACUUUCUUCAAGUACGGACGUUCCUCCGACUGUGGAGUGGACGGGGAAGGCGGGCCUUGGGCAAAUGAAGUCUACCUGAUUGGAGUCAAUGUUGCCCUGGGAAAGCCAGCGUUCCAAACAAGCCGACUCCAUCAUCCCAAACCUACCGAGGGGAAUGCCAGUCGUGCCGUAGACGGGAACACCGAUACCAACUACAGUCAUGGUUCCUGUACACACACUGUACUUCCGGGAGAGACUAACCCGAGCUGGUGGGUGGAUCUUGGUCAAUCGUAUGUGAUUGACAGUACCAUUGCCAUUGUCAACAUCUACAGGGUACUCAUCUUCAACCGCCAAGACGCUGGUCCGGAAAGAAUCAACCCCUUCAACAUCCACAUCGGGGAUUCCGACCAGGUCAGCACGAACCCCAAGUGUGGAGGUAAUCAUCAAAUGAACCUGAACCAGCUGUCCAUUUCCGUCUCCUGUCAGGGAAUGAAGGGUCGCUAUGUGGGCGUCCGUCUUCCUGGACCCUCCCGAGUACUGACCCUGUGUGAAGUCCAAGUAUUUUUGGGUCGUUGUGCCCCAAUGUUACUCGACAAUUCUGCACCGAACCUCUACAAAAUCUCACCAGAACUGGUAUGUCGGAUGGGAGAUGGAGCAUCCUACCGAGGAACAGUCUCUAUGACUGAGACAGGUAAGACCUGUCAGCGCUGGGACAGUCAGACACCACAUAGACACUAUUAUUCAACUGCAAAAUGUCCUUCAUCCGGGCUGGAGGAGAACUACUGCAGGAAGACUAGCGACUGGACCGAAGUUUGGUGCUUCACCACGGAUCCCAGCACGAGAUAUGAGAUUUGUGACGUACCUGUAUGUGUUGUCGGACACAAGCGGCAAGGGUGUAAGGGAGGAUACAUACGACUCGGGCGACACUGUGUCCGACUGGUUCCCAUCCCAAAGUCAUUUGACGACGCACAGCAGGCCUGUAAGGCGGAUGGGGCGACCUUGGCCAUGCCUAAAACAAAAGAACAGGACCUCGCUCUGAGACGCCUGGUCAAAACAUCAGGAGGCAACAACCAUCACUGGAUUGGCUUGUCGAACGCUGGUGACCUCGACUGGACAUGGGUGGACGGGACACGUCUGGGACACUACCGGGCAUGGAACCCCGGUGAGCCAAGGGGUGACAAAGGGGUGGCACUGUGCGUUCAGUACUGGUCUUCAGGACAUACUACUGGUCCUAUGUGGGACGACGCUGAAUGCUCUGGGGAAAAGUGGUUCAUCUGCCAAUUCGUCCUGCUUGAAUAAAAACUGUGACAGAAAUUGUUCUCUUCAUUUUGGUCAACACAUCAGUAACAUCAGAACUGGUACAUGUUCAGAGUCAGUGAUUGACAUUUCCCCUUGUUAAAAUGAAUUAGAUAUUGUAAGUUAAAGGGUCCAAAACUUUGUAUUUUUGCGAUUAUUCAAAACUUAUCUAUAUUUUAAGGGCGAUUUACUCUGUUUUCCUGAACAAAAAAAUUGAUCAUGAAGAUAGAAAAAAAUGGAUUCUCGGGUAGUUGGACAAGAAAGAAAGAAAAUUCAGUGUCUCUUGAUGAUAAAUGUAUUUUUGCCACAUAGAGGUAUAUUUGUGGAUAAAGACCUAUAGCAAUGUCAAAACUAACAAACCAACUGCGCCGAAAUCAUGUUAAUCGGCUCUUGUCAUGUGUUCAUGUAAGUUCACAUGUGACAACAUAGUACAGGCGUUUGUUCCAAUACGCAGUUUACUGUGGAUUUCGUCUGGAAAAUCUGGUUUAUCUAGCAUGAUGUUAUAUCGUAUAAGAGUGGCGACUUGAUGACAGGUGUUACAGAGCUGCAUUAGUUCAUGCUACGUCUUCUUUUCUAAUGUCUAUUUCUACACACUAAGUGUGAGCUUUUUGGACCCAGUACUGUAAAGUACAUGUACAUUCCUGCACAAUCAUGCUGUCAGCGAGAAUGAGUGGCCUCUAUUAUUUCGCUGAUGAUGAAAAAUAUUUAUACACUUGUAAGGUAAUUUAUACACUUGAUUGAUGCAAAACCUCUAUUCAUAUUAGUGAUAUGUUGUAAUUAGAAAUAUUCAUUUACUGAUUCCUUAAUUCAGUUUUAGUACAACGUUUGAUUCAAAUAGUUUUCUAAUAACUUGCCAGGAUAAAACACUAGAGAAUCUUUAUCCGCGGGGUAACCCAAAAAACGAUAUGUAUAAGUCGACGGACGGUGGUUUGAAACUGUAAUAUUAUAUUGCCAUUACUUAAAUAUUCACAGUUUGAAACCGCCGUUCGUCUACUUGAUAUCCCUAAAUACUGUUCUUAAAAUCAAAGGGUAUUGCCUACUCCGCUGAUAAAAGUAGCGCUAAAGACACAAAAGUAUAUAAUGUAGUUCGUGUGCAACCUUGUUUUAAUUUUGUCUUUAUUUUAAUAAUGAAUUAAAUUUAAAAAUGUUCAACCUAGCUGCUCUUUUUGCUUUAAUUUGUGACAUAAAAGAGCAAAAUGACAUUUUGUUGGUACUAAAUGUACUUCUAUUGUCUAAUCUGUCAAGAAUAACGACUGAGUAUAAUGCAAAAAUAUAAUGUUCAUUAAUUGCAACUUUUACUCAUCAUCAUAUCUAUAGCCAUUGGCUUAAUUCUGUUAGAUGUUGUAUUUACAUCUAAGUUUGUAAAACAUCUAGUUUGUAUUAUUUUCUACAGAUACUGGUAAAGACAACUCGUAAAAUAGCGCAAAAGUAUAAUAUUGGUAAUGUGCAGCUUGGUAUCCAUCAUCAGUAAGGAAAUGUACAAAUGCGAAAGGUUGACAGCUGUAAUGUUUUUAUUUGUUGCUAAUCAUAACGUUUCCACAAAGGUCACACAAGUGUUUUACAAAAGAUAUUGUUAUUUCAUGGAGGUAUGAGAGCUCCGAACUAUUGUUAAGUUCCUUUUUCACCACGUUCCGACUUUUGUGGUAAUCAUUUUUCGCCAAAGAAGAAAUCAAACAACGACGUGCUGAUCCACAUAAGCGAUGGAAAAAGUACAUUUUGAGCUGUUCGUUUUGAUUGUCUUUUGUUCAAACGGAGUUUGAUCAUUAGUUUGUACCUGUAGAAGUUUGUUUUUAAGGAAAAAUUCGACACCACUAUUUUACCAAUGACAGCAGACGAAUUCCUCGAUAAGUUGUUUUUCUCCACAUACAAACUAAUAAUCAAACUCGGUGCUGUAUAAAGAAGCUGCUAGACUGGCAGUGUAGACAUUCUAUUCUUUGAGCCAGAAGAUGAAGGCAUGGCGUGUGGCGGUCAGUUGUAAAGACUGUAACGAAAUAAAGAGCUUUGAUUACCACAAAUUUACUGUUUGAUAUCCCCUCUUUGAACCAUCAGCUUAAAUGCAGUUGUUGUUACAAUGUUUAGAUUAUGUUGUCGGCAUUUUGAAUUUUGUCCAGUCAUUUUGACAAAAUAGUCAUACAAUAUUCUAUUUAACAGCUGAGUUGAAAUGUUCAGAAUUGAUCUUGUCAUUAUCAUUGAUUAAUGUAAA